AUGGCCGUUCGAAUUUCGACUCUUCUGUGCUUUAUGGCUGCAGCCAUAAUUCAACUUCCUGAAGCGCAUUCAAGAACAACUCAACCGACAAGAUACGAUGCUGCGAGGGAGCUAAGAGAGCAAUUCGAUCCUAGAUAUUAUCUGAUACAGCGCUCACAGCGCACUGACAGAAAACUGGGAAACGAUGCCACAUGCGUCUCCGUGUUGGAAUUGAUUCCAGUUUAUGGCGAAUUUAGUAUACUUGCCAAUUUCUCAAUACAGCAAAGUUCCGCCAUAGAUCCCACGACUAACAUAACGGUGAUAAUGACUGCUUACACGCCUGAUCAAAGUCCGAUAAGAAAUAUGAUAGAGACACUUGAUGCGGCGACGUAUGGACUCGUCUACAAUCAAAAGCUAGUGUUUUCUGACUAUAGAAGUUGCCGUGUUCUCACUUACGAAGAUCAAGGGGAUAUAAAUUGUGAAUUGUGGAUGAUUAAUUCUGCAGCAAGAGGAAGUAUCCCACAAAAUUGUAGCCUUGCCUACGACCGGUACUGCAAGACAAAGCACUAUAUCUUCGAUACCGACUGUCUACCAAAAUAA